GGCAGUGCUGGGGAGCGGUUGGACUGGAUCAUCUUAAAGGUCUUUCCAACCUAGUGGAUUCUCUGAUACCAUAAAUACGCCUGUGUCGGAGCUUGACCUGAAGGGUAAAUCAGUACCACAGUGUUGCAUGCUGAGCCAGGCCUCCAGGCCCCGGUCUGCCCUUGCUGCACGAGUCGCAGUCUGCUGAAAGAGACCUGACUGCUUUAAUUAAUUUGUAAACGGAGAAAUACAUGCUGAAGAAGCAGUCGUGUGGCUCCAACUGACACAUACAGAUUCCUGCAGGAAUUUGCAAGCAUGAGCAGCAUAAUCUUUAUCCUGUUUCUGUUGUCUCCAAUAGGAAAGGCUGCAAUCGGAAUAUAGACAAAAGUAUUUUUUCCCCUGAAAUGAAAUAGAGGCAGCUUUGGCUAUCCGAUGAUCAUUCCCAUUCUGAGAUUCCAUUUGCUGAAGAACAAUGGCUUCCUUCAGCAGCCUGACUAUUGGCAUUGUUAUUGCCAGUUUUACUGUAUUUCAGCUCCUCUUCCAUGUUUUAAGUUCUUGGGUGUCAACACGAAUAACACCUGGUUUUAACAAUCUCAGCCAAAAAAGAAAGAUCGAAUGGAAUUCAAGGACAGUGUCCACAUUCCACGCCUUGGUGGUUGGUGGCUUUUGCCUCUAUAUUUUGUUAUACGAUGAUGCUGUUAAUGCUGACCGUCUCUGGGGUGACCCUUCAAUUGUGAAACUGAAUAUUGCUAUUACCACAGGCUACCUCAUUUCUGAUUUGUUGCUUAUUAUUUACUACUGGAAGGCAAUUGGUGACAAAUAUUUUGUAAUACAUCACUUGGCAGCUCUGUAUGCUUACUAUUUUGUACUGAGCAAAGGUCUGCUGGCUUAUUUUGGAAACUUCCGUCUGCUUGCAGAGUUCUCCACUCCUUUUGUCAAUCAGCGGUGGUUCUUUGAAAUAUUGGGAUAUCCCAAAUCUUCCAAGGCCAACAUCAUCAAUGGUUUGCUGAUGACGGUUGUGUUCUUCGUGGUGAGGAUUGCCGUCAUGCCUGUAUAUUACAGCCACGUCAUUUCUUCCUUUGGAACAGAGGCUUUCCACAGAUUAGGAUUUGCAGCCCAGAGCGCCUGGAUUAUCUCAAGUGUUGUCUUGGAUGUUAUGAACGUGAUGUGGAUGGUCAAAAUUGCAAAAGGAUGCUACAGAGUCAUCUGUCUUAUCGGACGGGAGGAAGUCAAAACUCACAGAAAUGGCAAAUCUGACUAGAAAUCACACACAUGAAAUGCAAUUUCUGCUGUGAAAGUAACCUGGGUUCACUGAAACAGUGCACAUUUCUGCCAUGGAAUGAUCCUCUUAAGAAAACAAGGUAUUACCUCUGUACUGACCUUACUCUUUUCCCUAGCCACACUGCCUGCACACCCAGGGCCACGCUUUAUGGAGCCUGUCCGGUGAGGAAUAAAAGCAAAAGCUCCCACAAAUGAGUUCCAUGUGUCUGUUCUAAGCAGUUCCAAGCUACUGAAGUUAGAAAGGAGCAGACUGGUUACUUGCUUGUUGUCCACCAGUGUGUUCAAAGUGUUUCACUCAGGUUUCUCAGAUUCAUGUGUUUUAUAAACCCAGCGAAUAUUGAGAGCUCUCUCCUUUUUUUAGGAAACAAAAACUUCCCAAACUCCUGAUAUGGUGCAAUUUUCCUGGCACGUUUCUAUGUUUUCUUCCGGGAAUAACAAUCAAGAUUUCAUUCUGGAGAACUUUUUAAUUUUUGCAAGAAAACCUAAAAAUGUAGCUUUGAUUCCGUGAUGUCUUUUACUGCUUUUUGUUCUGCCUUAUAUGAAUGCAAACCAUUUUGGCCAAUGGAUGAGAUACAAUGAUCUAAAAUGCUGUAUUAUAAGACUAGAAAGUAUCUUUAGAAGUGUUAAAAUGCGCUGGUUCUGAUGGGAAGGAUGUGCUUUUGCUCUGUUACAUUACAUGCAAUUCUAACUCUCCUACAUCGCCCGUGGAAUUGGUUUUGGCAGUCAAUAUGGUAAAUGAUGUGUGGAAAUAGCAUAAUUCUGACUUAUUUCUCCUUUGCUGCUGUUACUACCUUUGAGAAGUGUUGCGACUCUCCAUAGAGUAUUUGUAACCAUUGGCUAUUUGGAAGCCAAGUUUAAUGGUAAAGAGAGAAAAUUCUUCCGUAGAUGUGUAACUUAGAGCAAUCCUUGGUUUUUGAUCCAUGAUGACCCAUUUGAUCUGAAGUAUUGAGGUUUUUUGUCACGUCUUCCUCAUUAAUCAUAGUCUGAGGUGUUGACUAAAACCAUUCUUGAGUUAACUGAGCCAGCCUUCCGUAAAGCAAAUCUGUCCAUAGGUGCUCUGUUCUUUCUUCUGCAAGCUUAAAGGUUUGGAGGGUAUGAAAGAGGAAUCUUCCCAUCUAGGACUAGUCGUGAAUCUAAUUUCUAAUACAGUUUGAGGAAAUUCUGGGCUUGGUUUGGUUUUUAAAGGAUUUUGAGAGCUGUAUUGGUGUGUAGUUUGGUUUUGGUUUGGUUACUUUAUACCAUAGCUGAAUCGGGACUGAGUAACUCCUGGUUUUUAACGUGGUGUGGUGGUCGGUUGGGUGUGUUUUAUCCUGUGUUGGUUGGGGUUUUUUCACACGUUGCUUGUUAUACCUUCUGGUAAGGUGUGCUCAAAGUCUGCAUUUUCACUCAGUCAUUUAGUGCCCAAUCCAAUUGUUUCAGCAAUUUCUUUUUCAACAGAAAGGUAAAGUAUUGACCUUGUGUAGGAUCAGCAGUUUUCCUCUGGUCCUGUUCCCUGUAACGAAGCUGGUUGACUUGAACUCUCUGCUCUGUAGUCAGAGGUGUGAUUGCCCCAGUCCUGUGCUCUUAGGUGAGGGACACAGCCUUUCCAUCCUUCAGGAACUGGAUGUCUCUAAGGCCCCAAGAGGUCUAUGUAGGCUGAAAUGCCUUAUAACCGAGGCGGCUGUGGUAAGUGUAGUUCCCCAGUUAAAUGACAUCAGGGAGUAUUAUUUGGGCUAAAUAAUACACACUUUUAUAAGCCUAGUUCCACUCUUUGACUGGGCAGGCUUUCUUCCAAAACCCAUUUCCCAAUCCUGCCAUAUUAAGGGAGGUAUAUCAAGGGUUGUUAGUACUUUUGGUUUUUGGAAUCUGGGCUUAUGAAUACUUCACACCCCAAUCCCUGCAGACAAAAGAGCUGUUUAUGCCUUGGAAAAGUUAGCAAUUAAUGUGCUUAGCUGGAUGAUCUGUGUGAGCGCUGAACUGGUUUGGGUACCAGUAAAUCCAUAGCCUGAGAUCCUGUGACCUGCUUUGCUGAAACAGACUCUAUUUUAUACUGAUUUGCAGAACCUGGUAUCUUUUUAAAACAGCAAUUUCAGUGUAUCAGAUGCAAAAUCUAGGCUACAUACACAGGCUCUGUGUUUCUAUCAUCUUUAUGUUUUAAAGGUGUACAUGAAAGACUUCAUUUUCUUGUGCUGUUUAAGUCACUAGAUCAGGGAAUCAUUUUGUAUUAGCUUGUUCCUUCUGCUUUUGUUAUUCAGGAAGCAGGAUGAAAAACAUGGGUAAGGUGAUUUGGAGCAACUCUUAAGGUGAUAACUCAUGAAAAGUUUUUAAAUUCAUCCCUUCUUAGCAUUAAUCUUUAAUAUUUCAGUAUUUUUGUUUGUUUUCAAUGGAGAACAUUCAUUAAAAUGGUCCAUUUCCUUCACUUCUAAAUACUUUUUUUCCCUAAUAAGACACAAAUAUAAGUCAAGCUGUAAUAAGAUUAUGUUAAAACUCGAUUAAAAAACCCCAACCAACCCAAACCCCGAUAUAAUACACUUUAGGCAACAAUCCAGAAUGGAAGGGCAAGGGAUAACAUGUUAGAAAACAUGUAGUAUUUUGGAUUGCUGUACAAAAUCAGUGUAAUGAAAACAGUAUUUUGCAAUGUGUUAGGUCUAAAUUUCCUACAUUUGAUUAAAUUUCCUUUUAAAAUGUGUUACAGUUCUGUCCUGAUGCAUUUACUUUGUGUCAGGAGACAACUUCCUAAUGAAGGAAGUUCUUAACACGUGUAUAUUGGCAAGGAAUGGAGUAAACAGGCUGCAAAGUUGUGUACUGAAUACAUCAGUACAGAGCACUUCUUACCUGCCGUUCAAAGCUUAUAAUACAGCAAAUCAGAGAGGUGCAGCACCCAUUUUUUAAUUGCACUUUAUUAAUUUAAAAGCUGUGGUGAAAUACUGAUGAAACUUCAUGUUGCAAGUUUGUGUCUUUGCUUUUUUUUUUUUUUUAAUGCAAAAAAGUAAAUGCAUGAUAAGUAGCAUCACAAUACAUGCUACCUUUAGAAUGUAAUAUUUAUCUUAUUAGUGGCUUAAAACUUCUGGUUUUUAACAGCUGCGUUGUCUAAAAGCAGCCUGUGGUAUGUCCCCGGGUGUCUCCGCGAUGGACGUGUCAAAUGGGAGGAGUUCCUCUUGUGAAGGAUGCUCAGAUACUUUGGUUUUCUUUCCUUUUACACUCUUUGGUACCAGGUGACAUAAAAUUAGUAGGAUGAUCACGGCAGAGUCUGUUUGUACCGGUAAGGCUGUAGGUAGGAAUGCAAGUUUCCCUUUUUUAUGGCUUUACUUUAUCACCAAAAGCUGAGUAAAUGCCACUUCCAGAACUACUACCGUGGAGUUGUAGGUCAAGAUUUGCUUUUAUAAUUGGUUUGUGGAUACUUGCAGAGAGGAAAUGUACAUCAAAUACUCAUUUCCUUGGUGAGUGUUCCAGUUGAUUUCCAUGAAGUUAAGGGCCUUACACUGCAGAGAUGCUUUAGUGGUUAUUAUCUGUGUGCAUUCUUCAGUGGGAAGAGUUAUAUCUCUGAAGCCUAUUCUACCUCUAUAAAUAAAUGCUGUCUUGAGUGAGCUCAAUAAUUUAACAACUUAAUUGCCUAAAAAACUGACUAAUGAAAGAUAUCCUAUGCACGGGAAAAUGAGGGGAGCUGGCUUUAUAUAUAAAUUCUUAACAGUUCCAAAUUUUGUAUUAAAGUUUAUUAAGAACGAAAUUAAUUACACUGUCGGGAAGAUGAUGACUUCCAGCUUUACUUAGAGAAUUCUGGGAGAAGAUUACUCAGACUGCAGAACUAAUGUUCACUUAAGAGUAAAAGCUUACACCAGGGAGCAAAUGAGUUCAAGCAGGUUUAAAGGGGAGAGGUGGAGGAGACUCUGUGAGCACAAGUAUAGAGAUCCAGAUGUCUUCCAGCUGCUGUGGUUGGGACAACAGCAGAUCAAUACGUAGCAGAAAGGUUUAGGUAUUUCUACCUCUCUGCUCACAGUGGAAAACGAAUAAAGGAAAUUAUCCUUUAACACUUCCAAGCUGUAUAAAACAGAUUAUGAGUUGCUGUAUGAAGAGGACUUUUCUCGUGGGUUUGUGUGUGUUUAAGUGUAUGUACAGGAAAGAUUUCCAUAAAAGAUCAUUUAAUAGAGAAGUUUGUUAAAAUGUUUUGUGAUGCUUCUGCUGAGCCAUUCGGAUGAAAAUCAAGGGCUGCUUGGCCAUUACUCCAGCUCAGGAUCUGGUGCAGUGUUUGUUGGCUGCUGGUGAAAGCCAUCGAUAAAGCAAAUAGAAAGGGGCUGGAGUUUUCAGAUGAAAAAAUGCAAGUGCAGAAGACUCUGAACAGUAUGAGCAGCCCUUUCAAUUUGUUAAUAGCCCAUUGUACAACAUCCUAUCUGGCUACAAGGAACUUCAUGAGGGAGGAUUUGUUCCUGGUGGAGUUUCUUUGUCUGUGGAAUAUAUGAGAGAGCUGGAAAAAGAACACGACUUCAUUGCUGAGAUCCUGACAGCAGUCAGAUGGAAUUAGUGAUCAAUAUUUAUGAACUUUAACAUUCAUCCCAACUUGGAUAAAAUCUCUUUUUUUGGACGGGUGAAGGUUUUAGGAUUUUUUUGAAAGCAACUUGAAAGUUCUUUUUAUGGUAGAGAAGAUGAAAGAUGUGCUGCUUGGGAUGUUCAGAGAUCUGGGAUUAAGCAUCAAAUCACACUUUUAGUUGAUAACACUUGGUAAUGUUAUCCAUUACAAAUCUCUACUAGCUACCUCCUUUGAUGUUCUUGCUCUGUUUGUAGUAACCAAGCACUUUAUAGCUCAGUAAAGAAUGGAAGGUAGCUCUGAAGACUAAAUUGGUGUCAUUUGGUAUAAGAAAUACUUUGGCAAAAUCUCUCCUGUGAUCAGUUUCAUUGUGCGAUGUCCUGCACUGAAAGGGCAUCUGAUGAUGACAAAGUAUAUCCGUUUUCAAUCUAGUUGUAAUGGAAGGGAGAUGUCUCUAAGAGAGCGAAUUAUGAAGAGCUCAGCAUGGCUUGGUAUCAAACACAUCAUGAUUCAAUGUGCUAUUUAUAACUUCUUGAAAUUAGAAAAGCAAGUAAGAUAUUCCGGAGUGUAUCUUAAUUUUUAAUCUAUGUGUGGGAUGUCAAACAUUGUACUUGUCUUGUGGACAGGACAUGCUUUUAUGAGCCUAUAAAUAUGUAAGUAUUUGAGACUCUGCACCCAAGUGGCACACGUUGCAUGUGAAUUGUCUUCUAAGUUUUCAAAUGUUGGUAUUUUAACAAAUCUGCUAGGUUUGAUAGCACCAUUUAAAUAUCAGUACUAAUGUAAUGCAGAACAUAGCAUUUUGAAUGCAAUGCAGAAUCGAUGGGGUUGGUUUGUUGUAACCCUAUUCACUUUCACAAGAGAAAUCCAUCAUAUCUUGGGGGGGGAAGGAGGAAAAGGGCUAAUUGUGAGCUCGGCUAUAUAAUUUGCACACUUCAUAUGCACACAUCCAAAUAUCCUGGAUUCGUUUCGAGCAUGCAUAUACCAAACAGUGUUUUCUUUAAUAUUGGCUAUAUAUUUAGUAUAAUUUAACAUAUAAGCACAGCUAACAUGAUAUAAACCCAACUUACAAGAAGUCUUGGGAGCGAAUGAGUUACGAGUUAGGCAUGAGUAACUGAGCCUGCAAGUCAAAAACGUUUAUUUAAUCUUCUAAGAAGAAAUUUGGUAGAUGUAUCUAUACUUAUGUGCAGAGCAAGGAUGAAAACUGUACAUUCUGGUAAGUCCUGACAAUCUGGUUUGCAGUAAAUACUAAUCCUGUCACAAAACGUCAGGGUCACCUUAUUAUUGCCAGAUAAUAACGUGGCCUGAUGGUAGUAGCAAUCCUUCUCACAGCACAAGAACUUAAAAAUGCAAUAUAACAGUUGUGCAGAUUGGUGAUAAAAGGAAUCGGUCACAGUGAGGCAAAUGGUUAAGUAUUAUGGGUUUAAAUUGACUUUUUAAUAAACCCCCCUGAAUUAAUCUGUUUGCAUUUCAGUGAUACUGUAAAGCAUUUCUCUGUUUUGUUUGAACAGUUUAGGAGCUUGCCUCAAAUUAUAUUGGCUUAUUUUUUUUUUUUUCCCCUUUUGAUAUAUGCAAUAAUGUCAAUGAGCAAUAAAUUGCAUGUUGUAUGCAAGAUAUUGGUACUUCAUAAUAAAGGAAAGGAACACAUCUUCUUAUUC